AUGAAAGAAGGUAGAGUUUAUCCAACACGAAGGAAGCAAAAUAACGAGGAAAGUGCGACAGAAAGUGUAGAAUUAACAAAGGUGAAGCCGGUUCAACCGCCUAAAGAAGACCGCGAUUCGCUAGUCGCUGCAUGGAAUCUUUUGCACAGACAGAAUAACGUAAUCUCAACAUGGAAACAUUACGUUUGUACGAAACGGGAAAGCCGGAAAAAUACUAAACAAAGACGGUCUGAAAAGCGGUUAAAACGGUGUAGAAUUUAUGAAAACUUAAAGGAACCUGUGGCCUUCUUGGACAGCGAUAUCGAAGAAACGGUGGCUAUAAAAUAUAAUACUUCUGAGGCUGAAAAUGAUGAAAUUGGUGAAAAUUCGCAAACAGUUAGUGCGCAGUGUGCAAGCAAUAGGGCAUUGCUCAUAUACUUUGCAAAACUAGCCAGGGCAGAUCCGGAAUCACCUGCCACCGUAGUAGAUUUUGAUUUCGUAGAUUCGUUGUUACAAAGCGGUGCUGACGUCAAUGUUUGUGACCGCUAUGGCCAGACGAUCUUUCACGAGGCGUCGAGGGCAUGGCACUGCGAUGUUGCUCUGUUUCUGUUAGAAAAAGGGGCUGAUAUCAACAAGGCGGAUAGGUAUGGACGGACGGCUAUGCAUGUUGCCGCUGCUGUGGAUUAUGCCGAAAUGAUCCUGUUUCUUUUUGAACAUGGGGGUGAGUGAUAGGUUCUGGGAAUUAUAAGUUGAAAUGGAUAAGGGGGAGGGGGGCAUGUAAAACACAAAAGGGGUGAUGAAAUAAAACAUUCUAAAGUUUCUUUAGUUCCAAAGGACCACCAGCACUUCUUUAGAAAUACGGUAAUAUAUAUGUUUUAAGUUAGUAACAUCUGUUACAUAUCAUUUAAUAAUUAAUCUCUAGAAAAAUUAUCUCCUGCUGUUUGCCAAAUGGCUAGACAAUGAAAGUUUUGUCUGCAAUGAGCAGAAAGCUACAGAUUGAGUUGGACUCAACUAUCUGAAAAAUAUGUAAGACUUCAUGCAACGUUUCGAUCAAGGGUCAGUUCACUCAAAACGAAGAGCCUUCACUCAAAACAUCGAAGACUUUUCUUGUAUUUUUCAGGUAGUUGAAUCAAUCUCAGUUUUCUGGUGUUAUUGUCAAUGCCUACGCUGGCACAGUUUAUAUCUGCAAUCUGCAUUGGAGUUUAUAUCCGCAGUGGGCAGUCCUUCUGUCAUAUAUGAGCUCAUUACAUGAGGUUUGCACCCUUUAUUCAAGUAGAGAGGGGCCUGUACCGGUUUUGCAGGAUGGCAGGAUGCGUCUAAAAUUCAAGUGGGAUUUGGUAUUUUAAGAGAAAUAUUGGCGGGAAGCGGGAUUUUAUUCCAUUGCGGGAAGUGGGAUUAAUAAAUUAAAAUACCAUGGCGAUAUGCGGGAAGUAACCCACGAUUAGUGGGAUAAAUCAACAAAACUUGUAGCUGUACGUUGGCUGUCUGUUGUCAUUUGUUUGUGUGUUCAAAAUUUACUGUUUUCAAGGAUGAAAUCGAACAUUUGUCCCCCAUCAAUCCACCAUUUACAUGUAUGAUUGCUAAGAGUCAUGAUUUAGAGUCAUUUAUUAUUUUAAACUUUGUUGUAUUGUAUUCUAGUGUAUUCAAAUUGUAUUUUAUGUCGUUACCAUGUUCUUUAAAUCAUAAUAUGUUGAACUGUGUUAAAAAAAAAGACGGGAGCGGGAAAUUGGGAUGACGGCACAUGGCGGGAUAACAGGAUUUGAAGUGAAAAUCGGAACCCUGUACAGGCCCCUCAGUAGAAUUGCGGCAACCGGCUCGAAAGCUUUACUCCUCUGGCUGUCGCUCACUACUACUUUUUGGUUUGAAAUUUCAAAAUAUUUAAUUAUUUUUAACUCCUACAAUAUACUUUAAUUAUUUUUCUCCCUGUAUUUUAAAAAAAUGUAAUGAUAUGAAACAGUGUCAAUAAAAUUUUGAAUUGAAUUUUGAAUUGACUAGAAGCAUGCACCUUCCUCCUCUAGCAAAAUAUUGACAAACAAUGUGUCUUUUGCCUCUUCAUUACAGCUGACUUGAGUGCUCGUACGUAUGGUGAAAAUCAAACCCCGGUACAUUACGCUGCAAAGAAUGACGCAGACAAUGCAUUACAGGAGUUGAUAAAUAUUGGUGCAGACGUGAAUUGUAGAGAUUACAAACAGAGGACACCCUUGCAUGUGGCUGCUGAAUUGGGUAUGUUGUUGAUGUGACAUGAUGUUGUCUUUAAGGCUUUUUGUCUGCUAUUAAACUGUUCAAGUUUUCUCAGAUUGGUCAGUUAAUUAGACAGUCAAUCAGUUAGGGACAGCCCCCGUGGACCGGGCCGUACGCAGGUUUUUUCACCAGGGGGCCAGCAAUACCUAUAUGCUGAAAUAGGUACCGAAAUCAUUGAAAUGUCAAUGCAUUCAGAGUCAUAUCAGUUAGAUGCGUGCUUAUGGCUGCCCCAUACAGAAUCAAAUAUUCUGAUUCACAAGUGCUAAAAUUUUGGCUUAAUAAUUUAUAACAUUAAGUAUUUGGUUAGUUUAGUGAAUGAGUUAUGGUCCUUCAAUCAACAGAUCAGUGUAUCAACAUGUGAUUAACCUUGCGUUUAGAUCGUUCAGAAACAGCAAAAUUACUUAUUUCUCUUGACGUACCUGCUGGAGUUUGUGACGAGAAUGGCGUGACUGCAAUGUCCUUGAUGGUCUCAAAAAUGCCACCAGUUGCAAAAGAAGCAUUAGACCAAUUUCACAGCCUGGACCGGGCCAACCGCAAACAGUACUACUACCUAAACCAUCUAGAACCCGGCAAACCCGGCGACGAUGGCCAUGUCUUUGCAAAAACACCUCUGGAGGAGGCGGUACGCUACAAACAAAUGGAUCUUAUCAUGCAUCCAGUGUUCAAACGACUUAUUCAAGUCAAGUGGGAAUGUUUCGGCAAGACUGGUUCGAUGAUUCAAGUUUUUGUGCAGCUGUUGUAUUGUUUACUAUGGACGGUGUUGGGGAUAACCCUCCCUCGGACGGCCGCGUCCAGCUGGAGUUACUACGACCCACCCAGUAAAUACUGGUGGAGAAUUGUGUUAGAAUCUUUAGCUGUCAGUAUUACUGCCUUGUUCAUUUGGCAAGAAAUUGCUGAGGUAGAUUUUGUUUAA